AUGACACUUAUCAACUGCGGUGGUCUGUGCUAUUCAGUUCAAGACAAUAAUGGAAACAGCAAAAAUGAACACUUCCGGAAAAACUCUUUCAAUUGGCCUGUACUUACAUUAAACACUGGAACAAGUGCAGAAAAUACUCUUUCACAGAACGUCGAACAAUUAUUUCAAGCUGAUCCAGGGCUUCGUGGGCCUAUUAUUUUCAAUAUUUACAACACCAACAAUGUCAACGGACACAACGUUGUUGUAAAUGGCAAGAUGAACGUGAAUACUGCGGACUCUCAGGAAGACGACGAUGAGGACAGUGGAGAUGAAAGUCAAUAGAGCACAGUCGUUUAUAGUACAUUGUAAUGGUGAAGGACACACAUCUACACACACAUUUAAAGAACAUUGUCAUGGUGAUAGACACAAAUCUACAUACACAUUUAUAGAACAUAUUUUAUAACGAGAUUUUCCAAGGAUGUUCACUUUAUACAAAGCACAAUUUAAAAAGUAAUCAGUUGGUAAAGCGAGACAUCAGAAAAUACUAGUUCAAGAAUUCAAGAAAUGUUUUAUUUUAUUCAAUAAAUGGAGGAAAACA